AGUUGGAGUAUAAAAAUGGACUCAAUCGACAAUAUUAGUCCACCAGUGAAAAGAAACAACAUCCUUGUACUAAACAUGGACAAGAAGCCUCAUGCAGUGUGUGUACCAUUUCCUGCACAAGGUCAUGUAAUACCCUUCAUCAAAUUAGCCAAAAUUUUGCACUCAAGAGGUUUCUAUGUAACAUUUGUCAACACUGAAUAUAACCAUAGACGCCUAAUUCGAUCCCAAGGUCCUGACUUUGUGAAAGGCUUCCAGGAUUUUCAGUUUGAAACUAUUCUGGAAGGAUUGCCACCCUCAGAUCGCGAUGCAACGCAAGAUCCAACUUCGUUAUGUGACUCGAUAAGGAAGAACUGCUUGACUCCUUUUCGGGAUUUACUAUCAAAGCUUGGUUCAUCACCCGUCGUUCCACCAAUUUCUUGUGUUAUAUCAGAUGGUGUGAUGACCUUUGCUAUUAAGGCUGCACAAGAAUUUGGCAUCCUUGAUGUGCAAUUUUGGACGGCUUCAGCUUGUGGUUAUAUGGGAUACCUUCAAUUUGAUGAACUAAUAAGAAGAGGGAUUAUCCCAUUUAAAGAUGACAGUUUCAUGGAGGAUGGUACACUUGAUACAAUUGUCGAUAGGAUUCCAGGAAUGAGAAACAUUAGGUUGAAGGACUUGCCAAGCUUUAUCAGGACUACUGAUCCAGAUGAUAUACUGUUAAACUAUUUAAGUGAUGAAGCACAAAAUUGCUUGAAAUCUUCUGCAAUGAUCAUCAACACAUUCACUGAAUUGGAACGUGAAGUCCUGGAAGCGAUUCAAGCUAGAUUCCCAAAUAUUUAUGUUACAGGUCCACUUUCAUUGAUGGAAAAAACCAUCCCAGAAAACGAAUUGAGUUCAUUUAGGCCAAGUUUAUGGAAAGAAGAAUUUCUAUGUCUUGAGUGGCUGAACAAACAGGAACCAAGUUCUGUAAUCUAUGUGAAUUAUGGAUGUGUGACAUUAAUGUCAGACCAUCACCUUAAAGAAUUCGCGUGGGGACUUGCAAAUAGCAAACACCCAUUCUUGUGGAUAGUUAGGCCUGACAUAGUGAUGGGUGAUUCAGCCGUAUUGCCUGAUGAGUUUCUUGAAGAGAUUAAAAACAGGGGAUUAUUAGCAAGUUGGUGCCCACAAGAUCAAGUUCUUUCCCACCCAUCUAUUGGCGUUUUUCUAACACAUUGUGGAUGGAACUCUACAAUUGAAAGCAUAAGUUCAGGAGUUCCUCUAAUUUGCUGGCCAUUCUUUGCUGAGCAACAAACAAAUUGUAGAUAUGCUUGUGCGGAGUGGGGAAUAGGUGUUGAGGUCAAUAAAGACGUAAAGUGUCAAGAAAUCGAAGCAAUUAUUAAGGAUAUGUUAGAAGGUAAAAAAGGUAAGGAGUUGAAAGACAAGGCGUUGGAGUGGAAGAAGAAAGCAGCAGAAGCAACUGAUAUUGGAGGGCCUUCAUGGAAACACUUUGAUACAUUCUUGGAAAGACUUCUCCUUAAUAGGGAAUAGUAUUAAAGGAAAAUUUUCAACACUUCAAAUAAACAAUUUCCAAGCAAGAGAAAGGACUAA